AUGCAGAAGAAGGGUCUAAGGGAAGAUCUCCAGGACUUCAAGUUAGACGUGCAGCACGUGAUUGAAGUGGAUGAGGGGAACACUGCGGUCAUCGCCUGUCACCUUCCUGAGAGCCACCCAAAAGCCCAGGUCCGAUACAGCGUCAAACACGAGUGGUUGGAGGCCUCCAGAGAUAACUACCUGAUCAUGCCAUCGGGGAACCUCCAGAUUGUGAACGCCAGCCAGGAGGACGAGGGGAUGUACAAGUGCGCUGCCUACAACCCAGUGACCCAGGAAGUGAAAACCUCGGGCACCAGUGACAGGCUGCGCGUGCGCCGCUCCACUGCUGAGGCUGCCCGCAUCAUCUACCCGCCAGAGGCCCAGACCAUCGUUGUCACCAAAGGCCAGAGUCUCAUCCUGGAGUGUGUGGCCGGUGGGAUCCCACCCCCGAGGGUCACCUGGGCCAAGGAUGGGUCCAGCGUCGCCAGCUACAACAAGACACGUUUCCUGCUGAGCAACCUCCUCAUCGACACCACCAGUGAGGAGGACUCCGGGACCUACCGCUGCAUGGCUGACAACGGGGUUGGGGAUCCCGGGGCCGCGGUCAUCCUCUACAACGUCCAGGUGUUCGAACCCCCCGAGGUCACCAUGGAGCUGUCCCAGCUGGUCAUCCCUUGGGGCCAGAGCGCCAAGCUCACCUGUGAGGUGCGAGGGAACCCCCCGCCCUCUGUGCUGUGGCUAAGGAACGCCGUGCCCCUCACCUCCAGCCAGCGCCUCCGACUGUCCCGUAGGGCCCUGCGGGUGGUCAGUGUAGGGCCCGAGGAUGAAGGCGUCUACCAGUGCAUGGCCGAGAAUGAAGUCGGGAGUGCCCACGCUGUGGUCCAGCUGAGGACCGCCAGGCCGGGCACCACCCUGAGGCCAUGGCGGGAUGCUAAGCCGGCCACUGCCACACCUCCUGUGCCCCCACCUGGACCCGGAAGCCCUGCCCAGAUGCCGAAGGGCCACCCAGGGCCCCUGAGGCCGCCGGCGUCGGCGCAGCCAGCGCCCUUGCCGUGCCUGGGAGAGCAGGGGCAGGCGGCCCCCGCCGAGGCACCUGUCAUCCUCAGCUCGCCCCGCACCUCCAAGACUGACUCGUACGAGCUGGUGUGGCGGCUUCGGCACGAGGGCAGCGGCUGGGCACCGAUCCUCUACUAUGUGGUGAAACACCGCAAGGUGACAAACUCCUCUGACGACUGGACCAUCUCUGGCAUUCCAGCCAGCCAGCACCGCCUGACCCUCACCAGACUCGACCCUGGGAGCUUGUAUGAAGUGGAGAUGGCAGCCUACAACUGUGCAGGCGAAGGCCAGACGGCCAUGGUCACCUUCCGAACUGGACGGCGGCCCAAACCUGAAAUCAUGGCCAGCAAAGAGCAGCAGAUCCAGAGAGAUGACCCCGGAGCCAGCCCCCAGAGCAGCAGCCAGCCGGACCACGGCCGCCUGUCCCGUAAGCCCCCGGCAGCCCCGAGGGCGGGGCUGACCAGCAGUCAGAACUGGAACCAGGUCCACUGCCUCAGAAGGCUCACUGCUGCAGGUUGAAUGGGGUCUUUGAGUCCUGGAGUCCUUGUGACAUUUUCCCGGCCUCUCCCCAGUUUACCACAGCGAGGAGAUAUGGAUUGGAGCUUUUCAAGGGCUCCUCCCAGGAGAGAGUGACCCAGAGAGCCCUAGGAAGAUCUGACGCAGCCACCAGGGGGUGAGGGCUGUGGG